GAUCUUCUGUCCAAGAAUCAUCAUCUAAGGGCCAAGAUCUAAAGCUCUGACUCAUGAGAAAGAUUCUCUCCACCUGGUGCUCAAGUGAAGGAGGUGGUGGCUUGGAAAUGGACUUGCUUGAGGACCUUGAAUCCCUGCAGUUUGAGUAUGGGAUUCAAGAGGAAGACUGCAGCUGGCUGUAUUUGCAGGGCCGUUCUCGAGGGCUGGUGAUCAAGGCCUGUGCCCAUGCAACUUUCUUCUGCAAGCUACUCUGUAAUUUGAGAGAAUCAUUACGUGAGAAGCACACUUCCAGGUGUCUCUUGACUGGAUUGCUUGCUGACACUCCCAAUGAUGAUGAUGAUGAUGAGUUAAAGGUGGGCAUCAUUGGAGGUGGCCACCUUGGGAAGCAGCUGGCUUGUGCACUGCUUCAGCUUGUCCCCAUCCCUGCUGAGAACCUGAGGAUUUCCACUCGCAGGCCAGAGGCCCUGGAUGAGUUCCAGAAACUGGGAAUCCAGUGCUUUUACCAUAACCCUUAUCUGGUGAACUGGGCCAACUUGGUAUUCCUCUGCUGCCUGCCAUCUCAGCUGCCUACUAUCUGUCUGGAAAUUCAAGCCUGCCUGGAAAAAGGUUGCAUUGUGUACAGCUUCGCAGCUGCUGUCCCAAUAGCCAGGUUGAAACUCCUGCUGAACCACACCAAUAUCUUGCGGCCUCAGUAUCAGUGUGUUGAAGAUUUUGUCAACAUCUGGGGGGCCAAUAAGGAGAUCACAGCUGCCCUCCAAGAUCCUGCGACCCUUCAGGCUACCUGCCCCUACAGUUCUGCUGGGGGAAUAAUCCUCAAUAUCAAGUGGUUGGAGGGAGUGUUCUACGCCAUCCUAAACAUCUGCACCGCAAAGGACAUGCCCCACUUACAAGUGCUGCAACAUCUGAAUGAACUGUUCCUCUCUGUGCACUUUGAAGACUGUGGGAAGGAUGGAGCAUCUUGCCCCAAAUUUCAAUUAGGUGAUUUUGUCAACCAAGUCUAUACCAAGAACCUAUCUCAGAAAAGGAAGAUGGGGAGGGACAAAGAGGGAGAAUCUCAAGCAGGUUCCAUGCUUAGUAUGGACCCCAACAUGCGGCUCGAUCCCACGACCACAAGAUCAUGACCUGAGCUGAAAUCAAGUGUCAGAUGCUUAACUGACUGAGCCACCCAGGUGCCCCUAUCUUUUCUAUUUUUAAUAUCUUUGUCUAUUUCUAUUUUCUGAGAGAUUUCAACUAUACUGUUUUUGCUAUCAUAUUUUAAGCAUAUUUUAAUUUUUGGUAUAUUUUGAAUAUUUUCAAAAUUUUUAAGUCUCCAAAUAUUCCUUUUUAUGUAGCAUCCUGUUGUCAUUUCAUUAUGCAAUACCAUCUCUUAUCCCUUUGAGAAUGUAAAUGAAUUUUUUUCUUCUGUGAGGAAUCUGUACUGAUCACUGGUUUUGGUUUCUAUCAUGGAUUUGAGAAGCUUUAUUCAAGUACGUAUAUGGAGAACUUUGCUCAUAUUUAAGGUCCUGGUUACUAAAAAGUUGAUUGGAAACUCUGUUUGUUACUGUAGUCAUUACUACAAAGUGAUUUGGUCAGCUAUUUCCUUGGGAAACACUAAAUAUUGGUUUAAGUCUUUGGGACCCAACUGCAGGAAAGAAAGCUAUGUAUGUGUAUAAGAAGAGGGGUCAUUUUAUUGCUUAUAUUUUUUUACUUUAUAUCCUUUCUAUUCAGCAAAUCCUUGCCCGCAACAGUGCCUAUUGUCUCCUUGUCCAGAGACUCCAUAUUUUUUUUUAAAGUCUUAUUUAUUUAAGUAAUCUUCACACCCAAUGUGGGACUCAAACUCAUGACCCCUGAGAUCAAGAGUUGCCCGCUCCACUGACUGAGCCAACCAGGUGCCCCCCAAGACCCUCUAUUUAACUCUUCUAGAGAAUAAAUCUUCUGUUGGGGAGGAGGAGGGACAGUCUCCUGACUGUGCAGCAUUGGGUAGUGUGCUGUGAGGGUCUCUCUCUUUUUUAAGAUUUUCAGUCCAUCAUCCUAUUUUUAGUCCCAUCUCAUCUCCACUUCUGAUGUACUGGGUCCCACUACAUCUUGAGUCUUUUGUGGGUUCUAUGAUGUAAAUGGACUGUGUCUUGGUUCUCCCUGUUGCUGACUUCAGAUUCAGCUCAGUGUUAUUAUUUGUCCAUAUUUUUUCCAGCUUCCAAGUUGUUGCUCUUGUGUUCUCUCUCGUUCUCAUUAUAUAUUCUUUGCCUAUUCAUUUCUCUUUUGUUUGCUUUUAUAUAUUGUUUCAGAGAAGGUUUUCAGUAGGAAUACAUUAUGUGUAUUGGAAAUAACUUCCAUAUUUUUCUUUCUUUUUGGUACCUUUUGCUGCUCAGAGAUUCUCAUUUUUGUAGUCAAAAGUGUCAAAUCACUGCUUUAUGGCUUUGGGGUUUUAAAUCAUACUUAUAAAGACCAUCUUCAUCCUAAGAUAUUCUAUAUUGUCUUCUAGUAUUUUAUUUUUAAAAUAUUUAAAUCUUUAAGCAGUUUUGGAUUUUUAGUAUCUUCUAUUCAUUUUGGAAAGCCAAUUGUCCUACAUUAUUUAUAGAGUGGCCAUUCCUUUUCCUACCAAUUUGAAAUAUGAUUUUUAUUAUUUAAUAAAAUGAAGGAUAUUUAUGGGUAUAUUUCUGGACUGUAUUCUGAACUGUGGGCCUAUUUUCUAUUCCUAUGCUAUGAUUUUUUUUUGUCAUCAACUUUAUUUUUAUUUAUUUUUAAUUUACAUCCAAGUUUGCAUAUAGUACAAUAAUGAUUUCAGGAAUAGAAUCCAGUGAUUCAUUCCCUACUUAUAAUAGCCAGUGUUCAUUCCAACAAGUGUCCUCCUUAAUGCCCCUUGCCCAUUUAGUCUUUCCCUCCACCCACAACCCCUCUGGCAACCCUCGGUUUGUUU